AUGCCUUCCUCGCGUGAGAGACGCACCCUCCUACUCGACUGCACCUCCACCUCUAUUGCCUUGUGGUCAACCGGCUAUGAUCACUUCUCAAUGUCCCAUACGCGUAUCCCCAGGUCGCAACCUGCCCUCUUGGCACCCCAUAGCGUGUUGCGCGCUUUACCGCAGCAGAGCACUACGGGAUUUCAUUGGACCACAGAGAUGACACCGAAGACGAACUUGCGAGAUGAUCACGAAUCGCAAUAA